AUGCAGACCUGGCCAAUAGCAUUCUGGCCCGAUGGAUCUGUGAAAUGGACAAGCCAUGCGAUUGCCUCAUCAGCGACAGCAGAAGAGAGCUACCGCAUUAUUGCAACCGCCUCGUCGGACGCCAAGCUACCAUUUCCAGAUGAGCUCAUAGCCGAGGAAGACUCCAGCUUCAUCUCAGUUAGCACUGGGAGCUUGAAGAUAACAUUUGCAAAAACCGGGAACGAUAUCAUCAAGGAAGUUGUCAAUGCUAAGGGCAUCACGGUUGGUGUACAAGGCAGAUUGGUUCUCCUUUCCCAGGAUCGUGUAUAUGAUCCCGAUAAACCAGACUCACUUGUAAAGCACCAUAGUUUCCAGGGGAGCAUAAGCUCGGUGGUAAUUGAGCAAGUCGGUUCCAUCCGCGCUGUCAUCACCGUUCACGGAGUCCAUGUCGAGGUUCCCCAAGAAUUCGAGCCGACUAUCAAGACCCAUAAACCAUGGAUACCUUUCACACUUAGGUUCUAUCUAUAUGCCGGAUCUAGUCACAUUCGAAUACUUCAUACCAUAAAAUACGACGGCGGGACAAAUGACUUUAUUCGAGGGAUUGGGAUCCGCCUCAAGGUGCCUCUCCAGGAAGAAGCGGCCUUCGAUCGCCAUGUACGAUUUUCUGGAGCAUCAGGGGGUGUUCUUGCCGAGGCUUCUCAAGGGCUGACUGGACUUUGGAAGGAUCCUGGGCAAGAAGUCAGGUCCGCUCAGGUACAGGGCAAGCCCUUACCGUCUUCUGAGAAUUGGGAUCCGGAGCUACCCCAAGCUUCUCUGCGCUGGGUGCCCAUCUGGAAUGACUUCAGUUUGCAUCAACUCUCGCCAGAUGGGUUUACGCUCGAGAAGCGACUGAGGGAAGGUCAUCCGUGGAUUAAGACCGCCAGUGGUACCAAGGCGGGAGGAGUUGUUUAUGUCGGUGGUGCUAAUCGCGGAGGAUUGGCCAUCGCGUCGAGACAUUUCUGGGAACGAUACCCGACCGGAAUCGACGUUCGAGGCCUUGGCGCCUCUCAAAAAGACACCGAGGUAACACUUUGGCUAUACGACCCCAAAGCCGGGCCCAUGGACCUUCGGCCUUAUCAUGACGGCUUAGGUCAACAAGGUUUUGACGAUCAGCUAGACGCCCUGAAGAUCACUUACGAGGAUUGGGAGCCGGAACUCGGGUCGCCUUACGGGAUAGCGCGCACAAAUGAGCUGAUGAUAUCGGUGACGGACUCAACGCCAGAUAGCAAUGAGUUCUCAUCACUCAUAGACCUCAUCCGAGAUCCUCCAAAGUUAUUGCCUAGCCCAGAAGCCAUUCACUUUAGUCAAGCUCUCGGUACAUACUGGUCUUCAUUGUCGAAUACGUCUGCCAAUGGCCUUUCAGCCACCGACGAACGCCUCGAGUUCCUGUUUCAAUUCUAUGAGAAGCAAGUACAACAACGGCGUUGGUACGGAUUCUGGGACCAUGGCGAUAUCAUGCACACGUAUGAUGAAGACCGACACACCUGGCGAUACGAUGUUGGCGGAUACGCCUGGGACAAUUCUGAGCUAUCACCAGAUCUAUGGCUCUGGCUGUACUUUCUGCGGACCGGUCGAGCUGAUGUGUUCCACAUGGCGGAAGCAUUGACUCGUCAUACUGGAGAGGUGGAUGUUUACCAUCUUGGGCGUUAUAAGGGUCUCGGUACACGACAUGGCGUGCAGCACUGGAGCGAUAGCUGCAAACAAGCCCGUAUAUCGAACGCCUUGUAUCGCCGCUUCUUCUACUACCUGUCUGGCGGUGACGAACGUGUUGGAGAACUUCUCGAAGAGACCCUUGAUACGGAUCAAAAGUUUCUGGUCCUCGAUCCGUACCGAAAGGUCCGAAAGGACAGAGAAACCUACAGCCCAGAUGCGCAUGCUGUCGAGAUCAGCCUGGGAACUGACUGGGCAUCGCUAGCAGCCUCCUGGCUUGUCGAGGUUGAGCGACGAGGGCCACGAUGGACUGAGGCCAAGAGUAAGUUAUUCCGGUCAAUUGAAGGGAUUGGCGCCCUUGCCAACGGCUUUGUUACCGGGAAUGCGACUUAUAAUCCGUCAACCGGAGCCAUCUCACCACCCACCGCAGAUCCUGACAAUCAAGGGGUAGUGAAGGUUUCCCACCUAUCAGCAAUGUUCGGGUUGUUUGAGGUGGCGGUCGAUAUCCUGCAGCAGUUUCCAGAGAAAGCAGACGCAACUGGGUUCAGGCAUGCAUGGCUAGAGUAUUGCAUCUUCUUCAACGCUAGUCUAGAGGACCAGGAGAAUCGAUACAGCCAAUCUGGCUGGGGCAGACUGCAGCUAAGACAAGGACACUCUCGAUUGACUGCCUAUGCGGCGAAGGAGCUCAAUAGACCUGAUCUGGCUAAACGCGCGUUGGAAGAAUUUGAGAAUGGGGAUGGCUUUCGGGACUAUGGUCCGAACGCUGUCUGGAAAAGCACCCCGGUGAACAAGAACCACGUUCUAGAGCCCGCAGAUGAGGCUCUUGGGGUUUCUACCAAUGUCACCGCGCUGUAUGGUCUGGCAGCUAUUCAGAACCUGGCAUUAUUGUUAGAUGAGGCAAAAACAAGAAUUUAG